UAUUUUUGUUCACUCAGUUGUAUAGUACAUAUAUUGAAUUUUAGUACCAUACUAUUAUAGGUUAAAUGAGCGUCUUGGUUUUGACUUUGAGUCUGCACUCUGCACUCUGCUCAACUUGCAUUGUUUGCGAAUUACGUUUGCAUUGUUGAUUGUUUACUCGAAUUCUCACAAGUGUAUACAUAUAUACAUACAUAUAUAGAGUAGUAUACAUGCUGUUUUUCACAUGUUGCUUUUUUGUUAUUAAACUACAAAUAAAUUAACAAAAGUGAAUUUAUCAAAUUAUACAUGAAUUUUUUAUGACGAAAGAUGAAAGAUAUAAUUGAUAUAGGAUUUGCAGAAGAGUGUGAGCCUUGGCGUUUGGAAAGUCGUUUUUUUCCUAGUAAAAUCGGUGGUAAACCAGCUUGGUUAGAUUUACAAAACAUUCCUAAUACAGAACAGUUACAGUGCAAUUAUUGUAAAAAUCCUUGCAUAUUUUUGUGUCAAAUUUAUGCACCUUACGAGGAAGAUCCUAAGGCGUUUCAUAGAACAAUUUAUGUAUUUAUUUGUAAGAAUCCAGAUUGCUGUAAAGAAAAUUCUAAUGGAAAUAUAAAAGUUUUAAGAUCACAGUUGCAAAGAUCUAAUAAAUUUUAUCCACCUGAUCCACCGAUUGAAGAAAAAAAUUGGAGAACUGAUAUAAUUUGUGAUAAAUGGUCCAAAAAUUGUACAAUAUGUGGGAUAUAUUCAUCUAGUCACUGUGGGAAAUGUAAAAAAGUUAAUUAUUGCUGUCGCAUGCAUCAAAUCUUAGACUGGAAAAAUGGUCACAAAGAUGUUUGUGGUAGUGAAAACUCUACAAUUUAUUCACAAUUUUUAUUUCCAGAAUAUGAGCUUGUCAUAGAAAGAGAACGAUAUGAACCAGAAAAUAAAACAGAUACUUCUGAACAAGAAAUGAAAACAUUUCAGAAUCUUAUAGAAUCUGGACAAGCUGGUUCUCUUCAAACAGAAAAAAAUGUUGAUAGUGAUUUAUUACAAAUGGCUAGUGAAAUAGAAGACAAAACCUUUCUGAAAUUUCAAAAGAGAGUCAAAAGUGAACCUGAUCAAGUAAUAAGAUAUAAUAGAGGUGGAAGUCCAUUAUAUAUUUCAUCAAGUCAUCAACCUGCUGAGAUUCCAAACUGUGAGAUUUGUGGAGAAAUAAGACAAUUUGAAUUCCAAGUAAUGCCCCAACUUAUUAAUUAUUUAAAAUUAGAAGAUGUAUUAAAUAGUAUUGACUGGGGUAUUCUAGCAAUAUAUACUUGCAAAAAUUCUUGCAUCCCACAAUCAAAAUAUGUAAAAGAAUUUGCAUGGAAGCAGGACAUAACAAAAGAAAUAAUAACCCAAUAACUUAACCCAAUAAAAUCACUUUUGCCUUCAACAUUUGAUAUUGCAUUAUAAAAAUAUUUAUUAGUAUUUUUGAAGCAGCCACACACUCUACUGCGAAAAUCAGAGAUUAGGGGAGUCAUAUAGAUCACGAAUGUAAAAAAUGAAAUUUACUUUAGUAUUGACUGUCUAUAUAACGGUAUUUAAAUAGUAUCUUAAACAUGUAUCUAUAUUAAAAAAUUUCUUGUAAACUGAA